AUGUCGUCUACACAAGCCAGUUAUCCACGAUCCCCACUGGUCGACGCAUUUACUCCAUUACUCAACUCCAAUGCUUCCGGUGGUGCUACUCCUUCGUCUUCUUCCACGUGUGGUGGUGGUGGGCCCAUACCCAACGAAAUGACAAGCGUUCCUGCAAAAUCUUGCUCAUCCUCCCUUCGACCACCCUCAUCCACUGGUACAAGCAAACCAACAUCAGCAUCUGCAAGGGCAUCCACUCUUCAACAACGCAAUGCACGACCUUUAUCCGAGGUUAUCAGGCCAGAGAACUUCAUGUCACCCGAGACUGAAGCACUUGAUAAAUGGUUUGAGGAUCUUCAAGAGUAUGAGCAAAACCUUGAGAGCAUGGCAUCAGCUAGCCUGGAUACUCGUUUCAAGGAUGAGAUGAAUCAUGUCGAUCAGUGGUUUAUGUGCCUGAAUGAAGCUGAGCGUACAGCCAUGGUGUACAGCCUAUUACAACAUUCGAGCCAAGUCCAAAUCCGUUUCUUUAUUACUGUGUUGCAACAAAUGGCUAAGAAAGACCCAGUGGGAUCUCUCCUGUCACCCGCUCAUCCUGAAAAAUCUGAUAUGAUGCAAACCCAACUGGCAGGUGCCAUGGCUAAGGCUGAGCUUGAAGCGAAUCAGAAGCUGUUAUCAUCAAGAGCGUAUCGAACAAGCCAACAACGACAACAACAGCCACGUCACCAAGGUGGUGCAACAACAGCAGGUCGUACAGAUGUCGAUCGUCACUCAUUUGCAUUUGGAGAAGCGGAUGAACAGCAGCUGCUUCGAAGCUAUGGUGCAGAUUACUUGACAGCUCAAAGACCUACAACACCAGCUGCCAGUGGAUUUAUGGAUGAUGUAUUUAUGCCACAACCUCGACUUCGACCUCAAAGUGCAUCAACAAUGAAUCGACCUCGUUCAGUCAUUGAAGGCGGUGAUCUUUCUUCCAUAUUCAAUAAUAAUGGUGGUGGAUGGUCAUUCAAACAAGCUGGUGGCAUGGUUGCUGGUGGUGCUGGUGGUCGACCCAAAUCGGCAGAUAUCUCAAAUUGGUCUUUUGGAUUGGGAGGAACAUCUUCGGCUGAAACUGCACCCACGUGGGGAGCCCUUUCACCCACAGUGAGCACUUUCAGUGAACGUGGCAAGACAAUUGAACGACCCAAUUCGGCCUCUGAUAUCGAUCAACAUGUGCCAAGUGUGCUUAGUGGUGGCAAUUGGGGAUCCUCUAGAAAUGUCAUGCUUAGUGAAGAUACUACACGCUUCCCUCGUCGACGUGGUGGACAAACAACCAGUGCUACAGCAGCUAGCAGCAGCAAUAACAACAACAAUAGCAACAAUACCAUCCCUGAGACCGAUGAGCGUCAACAAGUAGCUGACAUUGUGCUGUCAAUGUAUGAUGACGAUGAUGCUGCAGCACGUGAUGGGGCUGGUCCCUUGCCACAAAAGAGUACAAGCACCAGUAGUGCCCAUGCGCUGAGAUCUUCCCCUGUUCCAAGCUCAUCCAACUCGGCAACUCUUUCUCCCUAUUGGGAAGCGACACGGAGCCCACGUCAUCCACCAGCUGCCAACGGGUUUGGAAGGUUUCUCAAUCCUAACGACCGUUUACAAGAUCCGGAUUAUGAUUAUCUAAGCGACCAUAGUGAAUCUUCCAAUGUCAGUGCACGUCGUCACCAACAACAACACCAUCACUCUCGUUACAACAACAACAAUCAGCAUAGAAAGAAAUCAUAUGGACAACGUGGCGGUGGAGGUGGAUCAGGAGGAAAGGAAAAAAAGUAUACGGAUGCUGUUGACAUGGAGUUGCUGCAAGAUAUUCCUGCUUGGUUGAGAAGUUUACGUCUCCACAAAUACAACUCCAUUUUUGAAUCCAUGAAGUGGCAAGAUAUGAUCAGACUGGACGAUGAACAAUUGAGUGCAAAGGGCGUUGCUGCUUUGGGUGCAAGACGCAAGAUGCUCAAAGUGUUUGAACAAGUCAAGCAGCAUUGCGAAAAGAAUAAUAUACCUCUCGAGUAG